AUGAAGGCUUUUCUUUUCCUUCCCUUCAUGUUCUUGGCCAUGUUCCCAGUGUCUUCAACACAGACUUUGAAAACAAGUGUUAUUAAACUAGAGGAGGGUCCAGAACCUGCACUUAUCUUAGAGAGAAACAAUGAAGCUAACCCUCAGGGGGAACAAAAAGAAUCUAAUGAGAAGGGUGAUAGCAACACACAAAGAAAAUCAGAGAUCUUUAUUUUUUCUGGAAAACCAGGGUAUUCUAACCAACCAGGGAAACUUGGGAGUCUUAAUCAGCAAGGGAAGCCAGGAAUUUUAAAUCAGCCUGGGAGUCUGCAAGGGAAUUUAGGAGAAUCUAACCAAAAAGCUAGUUCAGAAAUGUCUAGUGAGCACGAAAAACCAGGAUCAUCUACCCAGCAAAGGAAGCCAGGGUCUUCUGGCCAGCAAGGGGUUUCAGGAUUAUCUAGCCAGCAAGGAAAACCAGGAUCUUAUAGCCAGCAAGAAAAGUCAGAAUCUUCUGGCCAGAAAGGAGAGCCAGAGUCAUUUAGCCAACAAGGAAAACCAGGAUCUUCUAGCCAGCAAGGGAAGCCAGGAUCAUCUAGCCAACCAGGAAAACCAGGAUCUUCUAGCCAGCAAGGGAAGCCAGGAUCCUCUAGCCAACUAGGAUCUUCUAGCCAGCAAGGGAAGCCAGGAUCAUCUAGCCAACGAGGAAAACCAAGGUCUUUCUACAGUCAAGAAGAAAGAAAAAAUGUAGGUAACCUGUUGGGUGGCAAUAUGAAGAGUCAGACUGGCAAGGGCAGCAGCAAGAACCCAACUGUAAAGAUAAGAUGUCACUCUAUCUACAAACCAGUCUGUGGUUCUGAUGGUAAAACCUACGGUAACCGCUGUUUAUUUAAUGAAGCAAAAAGGUUGAGUGGUGGAAACCUGAAUCUGUAUCAUGAUGGAAAAUGCUAA